AUGGUCAAAGUUCUUGUUACAGGCGGCAGCGGCUUCAUCGCUGCUCACGUUGUCGACUACUUGCAGCAGCGUGGAUUCGACACUGUGUUCACAGUACGCUCAGACGAAAAGGGCAAGCGAAUUCUCGAGAAUCAUCCCGACGCUCCCAAAGAAAGACUCUCGUAUGUGAUUGUCAAGGAUGUGGCUCAAGAUGACGCCUUUGACGAGGCCAUCAAGUCCGACCCUCCCUUCGACUAUGUCCUCCACACAGCUUCACCAUUCCACUUCAAUGUGCAGGAUCCCGUCAAAGACUUCCUUGACCCGGCCAUCAAGGGCACUACCGGUAUCCUGAAAGCCAUCAAGGCGUAUGCUCCCACUGUCAAGCGAGUUGUCGUUACAUCAUCGUUUGCUGCCAUUGUUAAUGGCAAGCAGCACCCCAAGGUCUACAAUGAGGAAUGUUGGAACCCCGUCACAUGGGAAGAAGCUAUGGAUCCCGCAAAUACAUACCGGGCUAGUAAGGUAAAUAAACUUAUCACCAAGGGUUCAACUUAUGAAGUGACGACUGUGCUAAUUGUGGCACCUGUACCUCAGACAUUUGCCGAAAAAGCCGCGUGGGAUUUUGUGGAAAAAGAGAAUCCCAAUUUUGAUCUUGUCACGAUCAAUCCGCCGUUGGUCUUUGGACCCAUCGUGAGCUACCUUAAUUCCUUGGACGCCAUUAACACAUCCAACCAGCGGAUGCGAAAUAUCGUCCAGGGUCAAUUCAAGGAUGCAAUUCCUCCAACGGGUAUGUGGCUCUUUGUGGACGUUCGUGAUGUUGCGCUAGCCCAUGUCCGUGCCAUCGAGGUGGCAGAGGCUGGCGGAAAGAGAUUCCUGGUUGCCGCUGGGUUCUUCUCCAACAAGGUCCUUGUGGAGGCAGUCCGUGAGACCCACCCAGAAUUGGAAUCUAAGCUGCCUUCCAAAGACUACCCGGACGACUUCCCGUCCGAGCUAUAUGAGAUCGACAAUUCGCAGUCCAAGAAGAUCUUGGGCAUGGAAUACCGACCACUCAAGGCGACUGUGGCGGACACAGUCAAAUCGUUGCAGGAUGUCGGAGCUUAA